AUGAUGUGCCAACCUUUUCUGCCUCCACCUCCUGAAGGGGUCAACUUUGCGGGCCAGACAGUGCUGAUCACGGGCGGAAACUCAGGCCUGGGCCUCGAAACCGCCCGUCAAUGCCUCGCCCUCCAAGCAAAGCGAGUAAUUAUCACCGUCCGCUCUGAGGCCAAAGCCCAAGAUGCUCUAUCAACACUAAGAGCCAACCCGGACGUGCGCGGUUCCAACCCAGAUGCAACGCUCGAUGCAUUCAUCCUAGAUCUCGACGACUACCAGUCUGCCAUUGACUUUGUGCACAAGGUCAAGCAGGAGGUUGCUGAACUGGACGUUCUCCUGUGCAACGCUGGAACUUGUAUGCCCGAGUAUCAGACCAGCAAAAGCGGUCAUGAACGGCACAUGCAAGUCAAUUGCUAUUCCCAAUUCCUUAUCGCCCUGGAGCUGCUGCCUCUUCUUCGUGCCACCACGGCCAUGCGAAAGACGCCCUCGCGAUGCACCAUGGUCGGAUCCUACUCUCACGCGAACAACUCCCUGGCAGAUCAUCCUCUGCCAGAUGGUGUCUCCGUCGUAGAACACUUCGACAACCCGGCCAACUACGUCAAGUUCAAGCAGUAUAUGAACAGCAAGCUUGUUAUGCAUGCCUUCGUCCAGCAUCUGGCCACGCUUGUGCCCGCGAACGAAGUCAUUGUGAACGCACCGUGUCCCGGAGUCGUGGCCACCACGCUGAUGAAGGGCUUCCCGCUGUGGCUCCGCGCGAUUAUAUUCGUAUGGCACAAGACGAUGGGCCGGUCUGUGGAACAGGGGGCGCGUGCGCUGAUCUAUGCUACUCGAGUGGCAGGUGAGGAGACUCACGGAAAGUACCUCUCUAAUAAUGAGGUGGCUAGUGCAGCGAGUGUGUUGAGUGGGAAGGACGGCCAGGAAUUUGCCAGGCGGGUAUGGACGGACUCCUGCAGAGAAGUCCGCAAAGUGAAACCGGAUAUACCGAUUCCAGAUUGCAUAUAUAUUCUCGUUUUUGCUUUUGGCUAG